ACCUUCGGCAUGAAGGUGAAGAUCCUUCUCAUUCCUGAAGGGCGGCGCGAGCUUGCAGCACGAUCAACUCAGGUUUUGCCGAAUACGGUCAUCACGCAGUUCAUGCCUCAACAACGUCAUUUCAUCAUCGACGGUCAUUGGCUCGCUUGCUCGUUGCCGACACCGACGACUGCCUGAGGCUCGUGCAGUCUGUCCUCAUCUGAAGGCAUCGCAGACCCAUCCUGCAUCUUUGACUCCCAAGGAUGGGCAUUGUGGACUAUCUCGUCGCGGCCGUUAGCUUCAGGACGUUGCCAACGACGUUCGUCGCGGUCCUCGUGUACCUAGCGAUAUUCAUCAGCGUGCUCAUCACCGAUGAGCUGCCAGCAACACCGAAGGACCAGAGGGGGCUAAAUCUGACGCAGGCGUACAGCGAUCUCCGCCAGAUCGCGGCGCGCCCUCACCCCUAUAACUCGCAUGCAAACGAUGUCGUGCACGACUUCAUCCUCACUCGCCUUCAGGAUGCCACGGCAGGCUACGAUUACGCGCACGUCUUCGACGACAAGGUCUCGAACGGCUCAUGGAGCUCGCGCAACAACUCGGUGUACUUUGAGGGCACCAACAUCCUCGUCAAGGUCGACGGACACGAUGCGGACAAAUCUGGGGCACUUUUCUCCGCGCACUAUGACUCCGUAUCCACUGCACCAGGUGCGACGGACGAUGGAAUGGGUGUCGCGACAUUACUGCAACUCGUCGAGUACUACGUGAAGCAUCGGCCCCAACGCACCGCUGUCUUCAACAUCAACAAUGGUGAGGAGGACUGGCUUAACGGCGCUCACGCCUUCCUCGAGCACCCAUGGUCCAACCUUACCGACACCUUCCUGAACCUCGAGGGCGCCUCGUCUGGCGGCCGCCCACUCCUCUUCCGCGCCACCGCCACGGCCCCCGUCCGCGCCUUCCGCGAGAAAUACGUGACGCAUCCGCACGGAAAUGUUCUCUCUUCGGACGCCUUCGCGCGGGGUGUGGUGCGCUCGGGGACGGACUACUCGGUGUAUGUCGAUGGCCGCGGGAUGGACGGCGCGGACCUGGCGUUCUACAAGGGCAGGAGCCGCUACCACACCAGGUACGACGCGGUACAGUACACGGAUGGUGGCGUGCGGUCGUUGUGGGCCAUGAUGGAGGCCGCGCAGGGCGUGAGCGGCGCGUUGUUGAGCUCGGAAGCUGUCCAUGGAGACAAGGGUGGCGCGCCAGUAUACUUUGACUUAUUUGGCCAAGCCCUCAUCGUCUUCCCCCUGAGCGCGAUGAUCACUUUUAACAUCGUCUUUCUCGUCGUUGGGCCCAUUAUGCUUGCACUGCUCGUGACCUUCGACAUCGUAGCGCGCCACCGAAGGCAGGAGAUGAUCGGAGGUGGAUAUGAGGAGCAAGGCUUCUUCGCACGUGCGUGGACGUCCUUCAAGUCUUUCCGCUGGGUUGGCGGGUUCUGGAAACACGCCAAGUUCUGGGUCGCGUUGGCGGUCACUGUCGGCUUGCAAGUUCUCCUGUGUGUGGGGUACUUGUACAUCAACCCUCUGAUCGCAUACUCCUCAUCGCACAUUGUCCUUUUGUCCUUCCUCUCGCUUGCCUACCUCUCGACCUACCUCGUGCACAACAUCCCCUCGCCGACCGACACUUACGGCUCCCACCUCCCCGAGCAGCAGAAGCAGGCCGCGCUCUUCCAGCUCUACUUCUUCACCUGGAUCCUCCUGCUCGCCGCCACUGUCGUCGGCGCAAAGCUCAGCGUCGGCUCCUUCUACAUUCUGUCCCUCUGGAAUGCCGUCUUGUUCGCCGCCUGCGCCAUCGGAAGCAUUGCCGGCCUCCUUUCCAGUCACACCGUCGAGGGUGACGCGAGCUACGGCUCGCGCCGGCGCAUCCGCGGCGUGCGGUACGACCGCGAGGGCGAGGAGGAGGGCGUCGAGUCGGAGACGGCGCCGACGGAGGUGACGCCGCUGAUCGCGCAGCCAAUCACGGUUGUGGCGCCCGGGGGGAAGGAGGGCGAGGAGGUGUCGGGCGCCAUCGGGUGGUGGUUCGUGCAGUUCGUGCUGAGCGUGCCUGCGGUGGUGAUCCUGGUGAGCCAGCUGGCGCUGCUGAUGCUCGCGGCGACGGAGCAGACGCUGGCGGAUGGGAGUCCGGCUGUGACGGUGUACGGGGGCGCGUCGUUGAUGUCCGUGCUGGCGAUCCUCCCGCUAGCGCCUUUCGCGUGCAAGCUGCACCGGCGGGUCGCGUAUGUAGCGCUCGUGGUACUCAUCGCGAGUACCGCGUACGCGUGGCUGGUGUUCCCCUUCUCGGAGCGCGCGCCCUUGAAGGUCUUCUUCCAGCAGCAGGUCGACCUCGACGCGAACAUCACCGAGACCCGCAUCACGGGCCACCCAGCCUACCUCCGCCAGGCCAUCGCCGCUCUUCCCUCCGCAGGCGGCGCCCCACUCAACUGCACGGCGGACGACGCGAAAGCGGGUCUGCAGACCUGCGGGUGGACGCCGCCCCCGGCACUCGAGCCCAGCGUGAUCGCACUGGACUUCAACGUGUCGCGAAGCGAGGGGCAGAACCAGGCGCGCUUCGAGAUCGCGGAGACGGAUACGCGGGCGUGCAGGGUGUAUUUCGACCAGGCGGUGACGCGGUUCCAGGUGCAUGGCGGGACGGAGGGGGUGCAGAAGGGCUUUGAGAUCCCCGAGGAAGGCGUGCGCGAGCUGAGGCUAUGGAGUCGGACGUGGGACCGGACGUGGGUGGUCGAUGUGGAGUGGGAGGGUGAGAAGGAGGGCGGGGAUGGUGGGAAAGAUGGAAGCCAGGUAGCGCUUUCCGGUUCGCCGACGAUGACGGUGAGCAGGGAGGGAAGCGCCCUCACCGGUCGCGUCGCCUGUGAGUGGUCAGAGUACGCAAGCGGGAGUCUCGGGGUAGAGACGCGGACGCGGAUCCCAGCGUACGAGGAAGUGCUAACAUUUCUACCCUCAUGGGCCGUCGCCUCGAAGUUUGCGGACGGUCUGGUGGAGGGGUACAAGGCAUUCGCGGUGUGAGGCGGGACUCGAGCGCUGACGAUCUAGUUGAUGUGUACGAUACCAGGGUACGGAAUUGGAUGACUUUCAUGUAUACACGGACGACGACUAUGCACUCAUUGUACUACUUCCAUGCGAUUCAUUGUACCAAUUUCUCGAAAUUUCACCGUAUCAGACGGGUGUGAAGUCUGGGUGUUGCGCGACGAGGUUGCGGAGAGGGAGGAAGAACGCGCGACUGUCAGCAGGGUUCUCCGACUGAGAGAUCCAGUCUCUUAGUUGGUCCCAGGCUACCCAUUCCCACCCUUCGCACUUUUCCGGCUCGAGGACCUGUGGGCAGUGUUCGUUAUGCUUUUCACGACGAGAUGAACCAACGAACUUGGGGCUCUGUCCGUUCGCCCGCGACUUGUCCACGCACAAAGACGGUGACAUAAUGUUU